AUGAGGUCUGCUGGAGCAUUUGUCCCAAACCACCAGGAACAAUUCAUUCGUACUAGAGAGAAUUCUUACUUUGAUGGCCUUCUAAGAGCUGAUAUUGGUGAAACCACACCCAAAAAGUUUGUCUCAGAUAUGUCUGAAGAGGUUAUGGACUUCCCACAGGAGAAUUCAGCAGCCUCAGGUUUCAACUAUGAGUCCUUAGAACAUUCUUCAUCUGAGACCUGGUUAAAGACCAGCAAAGAUGCUCCAUUUAUACAAUUAGAUAUUCAGUCUGAGCUGAUUGAACUGGCUAAUCCAAAACAUCUUGGAAAUGGCUGUAACCCUAAGAUUCCUGAAACUGAUGAAGAGCAUCAGGCCUUACAAUCUCCUGCAAUAUCCAAUACAGAAAAGACAUACAUUGUCACUAGAAGAAAAGAAAAGCAAUCAAAUAUUCUACUUCCACUAUCUGCAGCUUCAUACUAUAACGGAGUAUCACCAGAAAUGGAAAUUGUUGAAUCAUGUAAAAGCAUUGACAAGCUGAAUGCAUAUUUGAGAGCAAGAAAGGGUGAUGUCAAUGCUGGUGUACCUGGGAAAUUCUUACAUGCUGUAAUGGGUUCAGAUGAUGCUGACGUGGGAACUGUGGCUUCAACCAUCAUGUAUGCCUUCUACCUGAAUGCAACUUUACAAAGCCAGCAAUUCUGCACAGUACCAAUUAUCAACAUUAACCGGGCAAAUCUUGGUUCCAAUGUUGAACUCAAGUGGUUGCUUGAUUCAUGUCAAAUUGAUCAAUCAUCCUUAAUUUUUGCAGAUGAGGUUAGUUUUACGACACUCAAUUUUACCAUCCUUAGAGUGUUUGUUUCUGUGUUGGACAGAUUCAAGGCGAUUGAUCUGUCAUAUUAUGAUCUAUUUGGCAGUCUUCGGAUUGUACUGUUGAAGAGCAGCAGGAUUGCCAAUAAGCAAGAGAAAUUGAAGCAGGAUGUGGUUGAAAUUUUUCACUGCAAAAAGGGUGAGACAAUAUACCCAUGGGUCAAAACUGUCACAACAGGAGAGGAAAGUUCUUGUUGUACUGCCAUAGCUGAGAAAUUUGCAACGUGUUCGCCUGAAAUUUUGGCUAGCAAAUCAUUCAGUAAACUUCUGUUAGCUGGCAUCCUUUUGGAUACUGCGAAUCUAAGGGACCCUCGUUGCACCUCCAAAGAUAAGUACAUGGCUUCAUUAUUGAUCAAUGGUGCUGGUCGUUAUGGAUGCAAUGGUCUUUACCAAUUAUUGAGGUACAAAAUGCAUGAUCUUUCCUCCCUGCAAGUAGCAGAUAUCUUGCGAAAGGAUUUUAAAAAGUGGACAGGACAAGUAUCAGAGAAACUUCGGGCACUUAUUAUCGUUUCGGGGUAUUACAAUGAGGAAAAGAACUUCAAGAGAGAAGUUUUAGUAUCUACGGAAUCUGUGAAGUUAUUGGAGAGUUUGCUCUUUUUCUUCGAUUUCAAUGCCUCCCGGCUGCCACUCAAAAAUUUACAUCUACCAGGUCUGAAAAAUGAGAUGAAAGCGUAUGAGAUUGAUAAGAUUACAUCAAGAAAAAUAGUAGAGCAUCUUAUAGAAGAGCUUGUUGGGAUAGCAAAAGCCUAA